GCAUGCGUAUAAAAGCCGCGCAGUUGCGCAGAACAGAGAAACACCGUCGAACGAGGUUGUGACUGAGGAAGUAGAAAUGGGUGAUCCAGGGCCGCUGGUGUCGUGUGCGUGGCUACAAGAAAACUGGAUCGACAAACGAGAUCCAAAUAUCGUCUUGUUGGACGGGACGUUCCACCAGCCCAUGUGGCAGAGAGAUGCAGAUGCAGAGUAUCAAGAGUGUCACAUCGACGGGGCCUUGGGGUUUGAUUUCAGAGUCAUCAGAGACACCUCCCACCAAAUGCCGCUCAUGUUGCCCCCGGCAGCACAGUUCGAGAAACAAGUCGGAGAGCUUGGAAUAAGCAACGAUACUCACGUAGUUGUCUACGACAACAACGCCAAAUUUGGGUUCUACUCCGUUGGAAGGGAUUGGUGGAUGUUCAAGGUGUUUGGUCAUGAUAAAGUGUCGGUGUUAGACGGAGGUCUGCCCAAGUGGGUGGCCGAAGGAAGACCUACUGUGAGCAGCGAGCAACCCCAAAUAACGCCCGCCGUCUUCAAGGCAACUUACCGACCCCACCUCGUCCGAGAAAUGGGGCAAAUCAUGGACAACUACCACAUCAAGAAAGAACAGGUGAUAGACAGUCGUCCCAAAGGUCGAUUCGACGGAACAGCUCCGGAACCGAACAAGUCCCUCCAUAGCGGGCACAUCCUUGGCACCACCAAUGUCCCGUUCACAGAACUCAUUCACCCAGACUCCAAGACACUCAAGAGCAAAGAGGCCAUCAAGGAGGGUACGUACAUAGUGUGCCAUUCUUUUUUCGUGUGAGAAUAUUUCGCACAGAAAGGUAGAAAAGUGUUGUUGAAAAAAGACCUAUUGAUCUUAGUAACAUUUCUCUCUUUGCUGACAUGCGCGAAAAAUUUAAAUUCUCGUUUCACUUGCCAAAAUCACGUUUCAUUUGCUCUAUGAGGUGUUACGAAGUAGAAGCUGCAUUCCCCAGACUUAAAAUCUCUGCUCUAGUGUUUGAGGUGGCAGGACUGGACCUGUCGAAGCCCACAGUACUGACGUGCGGAGGAGCCGUCGUGGCUCCGUUUGUUGCCUUCGCUGCGUCACUCAUCGGAGCCGAGAUUCCCGUCUAUGAUGUAAGACUAUCAGUACCCCUAUCAUUAUGAUCCAUUAUCACCAAGAUUGCAUACUGCCGCCCCUAUCACUAUGAUCUCGUAACCAAGACUACCUGCAGCCCCUAUCAUUAUGAUCUCGUUACCCACUGUAGUUAUUUGAAAAGGCGUAACCCAAUGUAUUUACUAAAAAUUAGAAAAAGGUUUUUUUGUGACAUGUUUUUUUUCUCUCUCUCUGGGAUCGUGGACUGAAUGGGUACAGAGAGCUCCUGACAGUACCAAACAUCUCGGGGUCAAAGGUGAAGAUCUCCAGAAAUGAAAUUUUAGCGGCACAAACUGAAAACAAGCAUUACUGCUUGUGUGUGAAUAAUAAAAUUUUGACAUUUCAGAAAACAGUUCUACGGCAAUGAAAAUUUUGACAUUCACUGCAAAAAUUUAGCAAAAAAAUCUGCAUAAUACACUUUGCAGUGAUCUUAGAUGCAUGUACUGUAUGAUGAUGCAAGGGUAUUAAAAUAAUUUUUAUGUGUCAGAAAUAAUGACUAAACUGUGUUGUGACUUUAUCUUGUGGCGGAUUAUGUUGGGAGGAGGACUUGCUGGAAGGCGUCUAGCCAGGCUUUCUUGUCGAAAUCUCCGUUGGCUUGCAGAGUGUGAGAGUGCCGGGAGACAGUUGGGUCCCUGCAGCUGACUUUGAUGAGGUUCUUGGAUCCUGCGAGAAAGGGAGAGAGGAGAAGGGAGAGAGAGAGAGAGAGUA